GGGAGGUGCCGGAGAUGGAGGGCGUGGGAAUGGGCAGAUGUGUGACGUGUCGGAGGAAAGGGAUGCGAGCUGAAGUCUGUUACUGAGCCGAGCCUCAUUUUCUGGGACCGUAGGGAACUUUCCCAGGCAGGAAUAAAUGGUUUAAAGAACUACGUUUUCCAAAGUUUCUGGGAUGCUAAGUCUGAUUUAAUAGGGAGCGUUACCCCAUCUUCACAUCGGGUGCCUGCCUGGGCAAGCUGCUCCCUGGUUUGGAUGCUGCUGAAGGCUGCUGUCCCCAUGCACCACAGUGCCUGGGUCACGUACUCCGUGGGUCAGGCAGGAGGGCUGCCAGCAUUCCAGGUUAGCUGGUUUGUCUGUGCUGGGGCAGAGUUCCACCGGGCCUGUGACCCACCCACCAGGAGAUGCAGGAGGAGAUAGGCACGUGUGGGCUGGGAGAACCACAGUGCAGGGCUGGCUCCUCUGCUCGGGCAGCCUCUCAGCUUAGGAGGGUUUGCAGACUGGAAGUGAUGCCUUGCUGUCUUCAAUUCAGCUCUGCAAGGGGUAAAUAAAAACAAAACCAAACUUAGAGAAUGUUUCUGUGGUGACCUGUUAAUUUUUCUGAAGCAGGUCCCGUUAGUGCAGAAACCUGUAAAUCUGCUGAGUGAGUGUCCUGGUCCCAGCACAUGUGGGUGAUCACUGGAUGUUUAAUUAGUCAGCAUUGAAACCACAGGCUGCUUAAGAAAAUGAAUUGUUCAUGGCUUUCAUCCACACCUUGUCAUCUUGAAGUGUCGCUUGGCAAUUCCAAGUGCAGUGAGGGGCAGCCCAUGUGCCUUUGUGCAGUGAGUGUGUAGUUAGCUCACCUUUCCCUUUCCUCUCGGGGGCAAUUUCUUUGCUGUGUGCAUGUUUCUGUUUUCUCUCUUUCCACGUUCAGGACCACUUGCUGUUUUGUGCACAUCCAAGAGUUCCCUGUGUUCCCAAAGUGUUGAAUGUGCUACACUGGGGUUCGUAUAGUGUCAGCUUUAUUAUUUGAGGUCUGGUUGGCUGACGUGAUAGGAGUGGAUCACUUGUGUUGCAUCCUUUUCCUUGGGACCAAUGGGACAUGAUUUUCUGCAAACUUCACACAGCUCUGUGUGUUCAGGGACUUGCAUUUCCUCUUUUGCAUGGUGAGCAGUAUCUAAUUCUGGGGCUGAGAUGCUGAAUUUGUAUCUGCCCAUAAUGGAGGUAAAGAGCUUGGAGAAGUGAGUGUUCUGCCUUCCUUUGCCCCACCCCUUCACAAAGCUAAAUACUUCCUUUUUUUUUUUCCCCGAAGCAUUGAAAUUACAAGAAAAGGGAAACAGAGCUGUGUGGCAGUUGCAGAGCUUCAUGAAUAUUUGUUGAAAGGAAAUUUAUUUUACCUGACCAGAGAACUUCCUGUGUUGGUUGUCUGUACUUCUAAAGAUCUAGAAAUUACGUUUAAGGCCGUGAGUGUGUUGCAGCAUUUCCUUGUGUGCUUGACUUAUAAAAGUUGUUUACAAGGAAAUGGUUGCUUCUUAUUUUUGCAUCUUUAGCUCAGGGAUGUUCAAGUGUGUUUUCUUCCCUAAAAGCCAGAUUCAGCAAAUUUGCAGACAUUUUAAUGAGCACUUGUAGAACCUUCUGUGGUUGGGUUUUUCUGGAAUCAAAACAGACUUGCUGUUCACCCUGUCCUGUCACGGAUGUCCAAGGAUGGCUGUUUGAAUGAAAUUGAAAAGAAAGUAGUUUUAUGAGGAUUUUAAAAAUCUAGUGAAGUGUUAGGGCUUGCAAAAGUGCUCCUAGAUAGUCUUCUAAUGAUAGGUUUUUGUUUGCAAGAAGGAGGAUCUGUGUAUGAUGGCAGAGUGGUUUUUGAGUAGGAUUACAGCAGUGGAUUUUUGAGGGGCAGCAGGGAGGAGAUCUACAGAGCAUUUGGAUUUUUCUGACAAGAAAAAUUCCUUGACUGAAGCACCCAUAAUCCAAGUUGUAUUUUGCUUAGUUAAUAUGCUCUUCCCCUCGUCCAGGCUGGUUUCUUUGCCUCCCAGCUGUACAUGUAUUAAAAAUGACUUCACUAAUUUGUUAACUGCCAGUGGUCAUUUUUUAAAGCAGACUCCACUCACAGCUUUUCUCCAGCAAAUGUGGAUGAGAUGCUUCAGAAAAAUAAAAAAUGUUCAUGGCCUUUGCCUUUAUCCUGAAUCCUUCUUUCCUGUUACCUGAAUCCAGAUCAAAGAUAGUGCAACAUUGACCAGAGAUGUGCUUGAGCAGCAUUUUAGCGAUUUGAAAGGGACCCUAAAGAAGCUGCUGGACGAGCGACUGAUGUCCCUGCUGCAGGAAGUGGAUGUCAUAGAGCAAGAGAGCAUCAAGCCCCUGGAUGAGUGCCAGAAACUGAUCGAGCACGGAGUCAGCACAGCCGAUGAUCUGCUCCGGGAAGGAGAGAGUGCAGUCGAUGGAGAUGUGGGACAACAGAAUGAGAAACUUUGCAACUUUACAAAAAAAGCUCUACAUAUUCAGCUAGAUAGCUUGCCAGAAGUGCCCUCCUUGGUUGAUGUGCCUUGUUUAUCUGCCCAACUGGAUGACUGCCUCCUUACCAUAUUGAAAAAUCAAAUAUUCAGACAUGGAACUGUGGCAUCCCGCCCACCUGUACAGCUGGAGGAAUUUGUGGAAAAGCCUGGAGGUAUUUUAGUCCGAUGGUGUAAGGUGGACGAUGAUUUCAUACCCCAGGACUACCGGCUGCAGUACCGCAAGAGCACCGCCAGCCACUUUGAGGAUGUGUACGUGGGCUCAGAGACGGAGUUCAUCGUGCUGCACAUCGACCCCAACGUGGAUUACCAGUUCCGGGUGUGCGCCCGCGGGGACGGGCGGCAGGAGUGGAGCCCCUGGAGCGUCCCCCAGAUCGGCCGCACCACGCUGGUCCCCCACGAAUGGACAGCUGGUCUGGAGGGUUACAGCUUGAGCAGCCGAAGAAACAUAGCGCUUCGGAAUGAUUCCCAGUCGUGUGGUGUGCUCUACUCCAAAGCUCCUACUUAUUUCUGUGGGCAAACAUUAACAUUCAGAAUUGAGACCGUGGGACAGCCAGACCGCCGGGACAGCCUGGGAGUGUGCGUGGAGCAGCGCAACGGCGACGACUCCCUGCAACGGGACAAAGCCGUGUGUGUCAGCACAAAUGGGGCAGUAUUUGUAAAUGGAAAAGAGAUGACAAACCAGUUGCCUGCUGUUACUUCUGGCUCGACUGUGACAUUUGACAUGGAAGUUGUGCAGUUGGGACCCUGCAGCAACGAGGGAGGAAACUUCAAGCUUCGAGUAACCAUCAGCUCUAACAACAGAGAAGUGGUUUUUGACUGGGUACUUGAUCAGUGCUGUGGCUCUUUGUAUUUUGGAUGUUCAUUUUCAUACCCAGGCUGGAAGGUUUUGGUCUUCUAGCAGUGAGUAAAGGGAUUUUUUGGUUUUGCUGUAAAGUGUAAUGUUAAAAGCUGAGUUUCCAGCUGUUUGACAACAAUCUGGUAACAAACCCCUGCCUUUAUAGUACUUGAACUCCACUAUAUUGUACUUUGUACUGGAUUCAUUUAAAUAAUAAUUGUGAAACAUUGGAUUUGUUACUCUGAAAAAAGCUAGAAACAAGCAUUUGUGUAGGCAAAUUAAUUUAAGCAGUCCAUCAGACCUUUCCUUUUUUUCCUCUAGACUUGAUUUUUGUCAGUAUUUCA